AUGGCAGCCAUGGCAAAAACCACCCUCAUCUCCUCCCUCUCCAAAUCCCACACCAAAUCCCUCUUCCACGGCUCCCCCAUCCCCAUCAAAUCCACCCCCUGCCACAUAAAAUCCUCCGCCACCAUCUCCACUGCCGCUUACAACCUCGACACUUUCAAAUUCAACCCCAUUAAGGAGUUUGUCGUCUCCCGCGAGAUGACCCGCCGCUACAUGACCAACAUGAUCACCUUCGCCGACACCGACGUCGUGGUCGUCAACGCCGGCCUCUCCUGCGCCUACGAGCUCAGCAAGAACCCCAGCGUCAACGUCGCCAUCAUCGAACAAUCCGUCAGCCCCGGCGGCGGCGCGUGGCUUGGCGGCCAGCUCUUCUCCGCCAUGGUCGUCCGCAAGCCCGCCCACCGCUUCCUCGACGAGCUCCACAUCGCAUACGACGAGCAGGACGACUACGUGGUCAUCAAGCACGCCGCCCUCUUCAUCUCCACCAUCAUGAGCAAGCUCCUCGCCAGCCCCAUCGUCAAGCUCUUCAACGCCGUCGCCGCCGAGGACCUCAUCGUCAAGCCAAGCGGCGUCGUCGGAGUCGUCACGAACUGGGCCCUCAUGUCGAUAAACCACAACACCCAGUCGUGUAUGGACCCCAACGUCAUGGAGGCCAAGGUCGUCGUGAGCUCGUGCGGCCACGACGGCCCCUUCGGCGCCACCGGCGUCAAGCGCCUCCGCAGCAUCGGGAUGAUCAACACCAUCCCCGGGAUGAAGGCCCUCGACAUGAACAUGGCCGAGGACGCCAUCGUGAGACACACCCGGGAGGUCGUCCCGGGGAUGAUCGUCACCGGGAUGGAGGUCGCCGAGAUCGAUGGCGCCACCAGAAUAGUAAAGAUUGAACUCUAA